UUCCCCGCGAGUCUCAGGCCCUCCCCACACUUGGAAGAUGGCGGCUUCCUUGGGAAGGUUACUUCGGGCUUCGGUUGCUCGGCAUGUGAACUCGUUUCCCUCGGGCAUUUCUGCAGCCUUUAGGCCUGUUGCUACUAGAAACACAUUCCCAGCCAACAUAAUGCCCAUGAGUGCUACCCAUUCAAAAUUUUCUUUCAGCACCAGUUCUUCAACUUAUGUGCCUGCUGUAACCCAACAUGCACCAUAUUUUAAGGGUACAGCUGUUGUCAAUGGAGAAUUCAAAGAAAUAAGCCUUGAUGACUUUAAAGGCAAAUAUUUGGUGCUUUUCUUCUAUCCUCUUGAUUUCACUUUUGUGUGUCCAACAGAAAUUGUUGCUUUUAGUGACAAAGCUAACGAAUUUCGUGAUGUGAACUGUGAAGUAGUUGCGGUUUCAGUGGAUUCCCACUUUAGCCAUCUUGCCUGGAUAAAUACACCAAGAAAGAGUGGUGGUUUAGGCCAUAUGAAUAUUGCGCUCCUAUCAGAUUUAACCAAACAAAUUUCCCGGGACUAUGGUGUUCUGCUUGAAGGACCUGGCCUUGCAUUAAGAGGUCUCUUCUUAAUUGACCCUAAUGGAGUUAUCAAACACAUGAGUGUCAAUGAUCUCCCAGUGGGUCGAAGUGUGGAAGAAACUCUUCGUUUGGUGAAGGCAUUCCAGUUUGUGGAAGUGCAUGGAGAGGUUUGUCCAGCAAAUUGGACACCAGAUUCGCCUACGAUCAAGCCGUCUCCAAAUGCUUCCAAAGAGUACUUUGAGAAAGUGAAUAAAUAAAGGAUACCAUGAAUUGAA